AUGGUAAAAUCACCUGAGGGCGGCGGUGGAAAAGGCAUCCGAAUUAUAGAGUCUGAAGAUGAAUUGUUGCAGGCAAUUGCAACAGUACAGGAUGAAACAGGAAGCAAAGCAGUUUUUGUCACAAAGUACUUGAGAAGAAUUAAGCACAUAGAAAUACAGGUAGUUGCGGAUAAAGCGGGCAAUUAUGAGGUAGUAUCUACUAGAGACUGCACUAUACAGAGAAGAAACCAAAAAUUAAUAGAAGAGGGACCGUCCAUUAUAGACACUGCAAAAGAAAAGAAAAUAGCAGAAAUGGCAGGCAAGCUAGUAAAUGCGGCAGAGUACCAUAAUGCGUGCACUGUGGAGUUUGUUUUGGAUUUAGACACUGACGACAUGUUCUUUUUAGAGUGCAAUCCAAGAUUGCAAGUAGAGCAUACAGUGACAGAUUUAUUAACAGAUAAUAAUUUGUGCAGUAUACAGUGGUUAAUAUCAUGUGGGGCAACAAUUCCUAGGCUAAAAGAGCGCGGUAUACUAAAAGAAUUCAGAGGGCAUAGGCAUGUGGUGGGCGCUAGAGUCAUUGCGGAGUCAGCAGAGUGCAAGUUUAUUCCCAGUAGUGGAAAGCUUUCUGUUUCUUCAUCCUUUCAGUCUGGAACUGUUGGGUACUUUUCUGUGGACAGUGGUGCUAUUACUCCAUACAACGACUCACAAUUUGGGCAUGUGUUUGGGAUAGGAGAGACCAGAGAUGAGGCUAUAUCUGCUCUAAGAAUGGCACUAAGCUCUGUGAAAAUUACAGGCGAAGUAAAGCACCUGAACAACUUUCUUAGUGAUCUUAUUAAUACCGAUGAAUUUAAAAAUAGCCAACACACUACGCGCACUGCAGAAGUAUUUCAAGAAGAAUGGGUAAAAUUAUCUGGAAUGCCUCCUUUCUUUAUUCUUUCGUUCUGUGCUAUAUCUGCUGACCGUAUGGGAAAGCCAGACACUCAAAUGACCUUUCAAACAAACCAGCUGCAAAUAACAGCAAAAAUUCAGAAAGUUGACAGAUAUGUGUACGCAAUUGAAAUAAAUGGCGGUAUAUCGGUUUUAGAAAUACUCUGUCUGUUUGAUGAUAAAUACAGAGUAAAAACCAGCGAUAAUGAGAUAAAGGUAAUAUACUUCUCAAAGUCAAAGAUGUAUACAGAAUUACACACCGAGGGAAAGACUGUUAGAUUCACAGAAAAUCUUGCAGGGAAUAAAAUACAUGCGCCAGUGCCCGGGCGAAUAGUAAAACUAUUAAAGGAAGGGUCAGUGGAAAAGGAUGAAGAAUAUUUGGAAAUUGAAAGUAUGAAGAAUUUAAUUAGAAUAAAAGCACCAAAGGGAGGGGUGCUUGAGUAUAAAGUACGGCCAGAAGAAAUAGUUGAGAUAGGAGAUAUUUUAGCAGAAAUAUCAGGCGGAGCAUCAGAUGCUGUUGUCUGUUAUACUGAGCAGCUUGUAUACAAAAAUACCCAAAGAGAUUUAACUCUGAAUUUGUUUAAAGGGUAUAACAUACCAACAGAAUUACAAUCCUUUGACUUGAGUACGAUGAACCAAGCAAUAGAGGAAUACACCAAGAGCACAUAUAUACAAAAUUCUGCGGCUGUAGUGUAUAUUAUAUCUUGUUUGGUUUAUCUAUUAGAUGAAACGUCCGAAACUAUUAUUCAGUUUAAGAAUGCACUGAAUAGUCUUAAGCAGAAAGUUUCUAAUAAUAAUGAACUGGAUAGGACAGAUGUAUUCAUUCAUAUUUAUAAAUUACAGCAGAUUAUAUACAAUGAAGAAAUCAAAGAAGAAAUUGGCCAAUUUAUCCAAUUGAGUAAAGAAGAAACUAUUAAAAACGCUGAGAGCAUCAAAAAUAACCAAAUUUUACUAAUAAUGGCUGUGAAUAGUGAGAAAGUAAAAAUGGUUAAUUUGUUAGGCAUUUGGAUAAAGAAGGUAUUUAAUAAGAGUGAUAUAGAGAUGGCCAUAGAAGAAGGCAAUCCAACUGCAGGAGUAAUAAAAAUUGAAAUAGGUAAGAAUGCAGCAGAUGUAUUUUAUCUAAUAAAAAUCGAGAAUGCCCAGCAUGAUCCUAUUAUAAAUACUGGGAUAAAUAUUGCAGGGAUCUCUGAGAAAGAUAUUCCUGGAAUAAUUGAUCGAAUACAGAAGAAGUGCACAGAGUUUACUUUAGUUCAGGUGAAUGGAUUAUGUAUAGAAUACAUAAAAUAUUCUGGAAGUAUAAGAUACAGCAAUAUUAAUGUAUUCUAUACGCAUACUGGUAGACUUCCUAUGGCCAUAGAAAACAAUCCAGAUAACUCAUUCCAGUAUGCUCUACUAGACAGAAAAGUAUUUGUGCAUUCGGCAGAUGACAAAGUCAUUAUUUAUUGUGUUCUCAGUAAGAAUGACAUUAAAAAUAAUUUAGACCAGAUAGUGAAUGAAACACUCUUUGGGUACAAACUAUUUGGUGUAUUAGGGCAACCACUAAUUCUUUAUAUGCAAGUAAUGGAAGAAUUAGAAUACUCUGAUGAGAUGGAUUUCUACUUUAAAGAAGAAAUACCAAAUAAGUUUUACUGUGUGGAUGAUUAUAACUGUACAUGGCACAUUAUUGGAUAUUUUAAUAAUAUGGGGCCAUUUAUACUAGACAUACAAAGCAAGAAGGGAUUUAGAGAAGUGGUUUUAACUGUUGAUAAAAAUCCAAUAUUUUAUAGAAUUGGUGAUUUUGAUAUAAAAAACACAAAAAACAAUGAAUUAUCUGAUAAUUUGUUUGUGCCCAGCCAGUACACUGAAGAUAUUCUAUGUAGAUCUCGUGCUAGAGCAAAGUCUCUAAAUACAAUUUGCAUAUACGAUGCAGCGCUUUUGCUCAGUAUUCUUAUUAAGGAAGUAUCUGGCGAUCUGCGAAUAUUACCAAUUGAAAAUAAGAGAAAUGCUGCCAUGUUUGGGUGGAGAUUCACUAAUGAAAUAUUUGAUUUUGUCUUUAUAGGCAACGAUAUAACCGCGAAAAACGGAGCGUUUUCUAUUGAUGAGGACAAUUACUUCACAGAGUGUGCCAAUAUAUCAGUUUCCAACAGAAUUCCCUUUAUAUACGUGUCAAGCAAUUCUGGUGCAAAGAUAGAAGUACUUGAAAUGUUAAAACCAAUGAUAAAGUACGAAAAUAAUCUAAACAUAAUCUAUAUGGAAAAGAAUAUGUACGAUUCACUCACAGACAAACAAGUCGUUGACGUCUCAGAAAGAGAAAUUGAAGGAAGAAAAGUCUACGAAAUAAUAGAAAUAAUAGGGGUGUAUGGAAUGGGCGUUGAAAAUCUCUCAUACUCAGCACAAGUGGCUAAAUCUAUGGCCAUUUUAUAUAAGGAAGUUCCUACACUAACCUAUGCAACAGGAAGGGCUGUGGGCAUUGGUGCGUAUCUGGCAAGUAUUGGAGGAAGAAUAAUUCAAAAGGAAGACUCUCCAAUUAUUCUUACGGGAUAUAAUGCACUGAAUAGUUUAUUACAAAAAGAAAUAUAUAAAAACAAUUUAGACAUUGGUGGUCCAUCUAUCUUAGAGAAGAAUGGAGUGGUGCACAAAGCUGUAACAAGUGAUUUAAGUGGACUGAAUGAGGUACUCAAAUGGCUUCAAUACAUCCAAUCCUCAGAUAAAUCAAAUAACGCUGCAGAAGAUUUGCGGGAAGAUACAUAUGAUGAGCAAGUAGAGAGAUUCACUGCAGAGGAGAUAGUUAAUUACAUAUCUGACACAGAUGGGUUUACUGAGUAUUUGAGCGGAUGGGCACCAAAUGUGCAAGUUGGUCGAACAAAAAUACAAAAUAUUUCAUGUGGUGUGAUAUUCCCCAGAACAGGAACUGUACAUCAACUGCUCCCUGCGCCAGAGGCAACAAAUAGAGACUUUUCACCAAGUGCUGUAGUACAAACUACAUGGACAGAAAAUGUACUUUUGUCUGAGUCAGCCAAAAAAAUAGCACUAGCAAUUAAUGAUUUCACACGGGAAUCCAUUCCUAUCCUGAUUCUUCUUAAUUGGAAAGGAUUUUCUGCUGGGCAUUUGGAUAUGUUUAAUGGCGUGCUGCAAAAUGGUUCUGAGAUAGUUAAAAGCAUGGAAGGGUCAUCUUCUAAAAUAUUCACAUACUUGCCGCCAUUCUCUGAGCUUAGAGGGGGCUCCUGGGUUGUGUUUGAUAAAAAAAUAGGUAAUAAAAUCCGAUCUGCUGCACAUCCCACGGCAAAAGGAAGCGUCAUACACCCAGACGGGCUUUCAAAAAUCAAGUGCAAGCAGACAGAGCUUGCAUCUAUUCUUAAAUCUUCAAAUAUUCCAUUUUCAAAGAUUGAUGCGUCUAAAUUAGCCAAGAAGUUCUGUGCGCUGCAUGAUUCUUCUACAAGAAUGAUUAAAAUGGAUGUAAUUGAUGAAAUUAUACCUGUAUUUAAUUUGCGAGAAUCUGUGGUUAAGUACUUCAGAGAAUAAAUCUGUGUACCAUUGAAUAAUUUCAUAUAUUGUAUAAUUUAGUUUAUACAUGGUGGUAAAAUAAUAAAAUAGGGGCA